AUGGCUCUGCAGGACUCAGAGCUGGAGGAUGCCAUUCAUGGCUUGGAUCUUUAUGCCUGCCGGCAGUACCUCAAGCAGCUCCAGGUGGAGAAGUCCCUCCGUCAGGAGAAGCUGGAGCGCUUGGAGGAGAAGCUCAAGGCCACGAACCAAGAGCUGUCCAGCCGCCAAGUCGAAGCUGACAAGCGCAAACUCGAGUUCUUCGCAGAGCAGGAGAUCAAUCGGCGCCGAGCCGACAGGCGGUCGAAACCAGAUGCAGGCGUCCUGAGCCUCCAUGGCGAUCCGCAUGACGACAUGGCGCAGGUGCACGAGCAGCGGCGAACCAGCGCACGGAACUUCAUCGAGAGAGAGCUGCAGACAGAGAUGUCCAAGCAGCAGCGCAUCGAGCGCACCAAGUUUGGCUUCAAGGAAUAUGAGGGGGCACGCCUCAUGGUCUUCAAGCCAGAAGAAGACAUCGAAGAGGAACGGAGCCUUCGGGACUCAGUGCUGGUCACCUAUGCCGUACCCCAUGCCGAGAAGCGAAAGAACCUGACCUACCGCAUUGCCAGGGACACCAGCAUCAAAAGUCUGAAGGACGACGCUUGCGCGUACUGGGGUCUCUCGGAGGUGGAGUUUGUCCUGAAGACCGUGAGCAAUGCAAAGCCCUGUGAUACGAUGAAGGUGGUCGACGCCUUCCGGAAGGACGAGGAGGCACAUUUCGUGCUCGUGCAGAAAGCACCGAAGAACAUUUCGCUACUGGACAAGGAGUACAUGGAUAUCAUUCCGAAGACUGGGCGAAGAGGGCAGCAGCUGCGGCAGCAGCUGCAGGAGAAGAGCGCCACCACGAGCGCCCUCUCAGGCGCUGACGGUUCGUUGGCAGAGCAGAUGGUCCUUCUCCCCGGCCUCUACCAGUUCAUGACGCAGCGAGACAAGGACGUGAAGCAGCACUUGCAGCGGACGAAGCUACGAAGUUUAUGUGUCUACCUGGUUCUCGCCAUCCUCUCCGCUUCCAAUGUGUACCUUCUGCGGCCGCCUGGUGAAGGUUUCUACUGCACCAAGGGCAUCUUGGAGCUUCUGGCAGGAGACGUCCAUUCCAAGCCCAUGGCAGACAUCCGCGACACUCAGGACGUCUGGCAGUGGCUGGACACGACCCUGGUGGCAGAAGUUCUGACUGAUAAUUCGACGCUGCGGCAGAGCAACUAUCUCGUCGGCUACCUGCAGGUACUUCAGCAACAGGUCGCUGCCCCCUCGGCGAUGCAUUGCAGGGGCAUCGAGGAGCCCGACGACAACAGCCUUUCCUGUGUGCACCUGAAGUUUGAGAAGACUAGUGUGUCCCGGCAGGAGGACCCCCUGCUCAAGAAUUACUUCCAGCACAAGCUCGGCCAGGAGGGGAGGUCCUCCACCAAGCCGUGGGAGCACCAUGAAGCUCCCUUUGGAACCUCAGGUGCAGCGCCUAAAGCAGCGUCUUUCGAGCGGGCGCACGCAUCGGGACAUCGACUGGAGUACGAGUUGCAGCACUCGCCGCUAAGCGAGGUGCGUGAAGCCUUCCUGCAGGACAUGACUUUCCUGCGCUCAAUGGGAUGGCUCUCUUCGCAGACCCGGGCUGUGCACGUCAGCUUUGUCGCGUAUAACGCUCCUCAUCUCACAUGGAUUUGGAACCGGUUCACCUUCGAGUUCAGCGCUUUUGGAACCAUUCAUGCCACUCCACACAUCCAGCUGUACAGGCCCCGGGUCUUCGACUAUGGCAUGGAGACCAGCCUGGCCUUUACGGACAUCUCCAGGUUUGUGCUGAUGUUCUACAUAUUCUUCCAGGUCUUUUGGGAUUUCCGUUACAUGCAACGAAAGUCCGGCGUGUGCUGGAAGCAUCUCUUCACCACACAGGCCCUUAUAGACACGACGAUUGUCGUCGUGCUCCUGGUUGUACUUUCGCUGCGGGCUUCUUAUUUGGGAAAUGAUUCGACCGUGGGGUAUGCAAUGUCGCAUUUCAGCACGUUUCAGGAUGCUGGCCGAAUGGCUGAAUACUAUUCAUUGCAUACUACGCUGGACACGGUGUUGUUUGCGCUUUGCAUCUACAGGUUCUUCUAUUUCCUCCGGGUGAACCGCCAGGUGUUUAUCCUGUGGGCCACUGUGCACCGGGCCUUUCAGGUCGCUUCGAGGCAAGGCAGAUGGGUUCUUGUACUGUGGGGAUCGCAUAAUGGGCAUAAUGCAACACAUGUCGAGGACGACACAAUCACUAAACUUAAGAGAACGAAGCCUUCAGUUAUUGGGAUGUAUGAAAAAGACAUUAGAAAACACAGCAAUCAUAAAGCAAAAAACACAAACACUUAA